AUGGUGACCAGAUUGCAAACUGGUAAACUGAAGCUUAAAACAGUGUGUAAUCUCCAACACAUUGUGGUUGAAGAUCCUGAUCCCACUUGUUUCACUAUGGCCAAUAAACAUAAAUGUUGGAGAGAUGCUAUGUCAGCUAAAUUCCAGGCAUUACAGCAACAGGGCACUUGUGAAUUGGUUCAGCCGCCGAAGUCUCAAACAAUCCUUGGGUGUAAAUGGAUUUACAAAACCAAGAGGAAUUCUGACGGGACGAUAGCUCGCUAUAAAGCUCGUUUAGUUGCUCAAGGCAAUCGACAAGAAUAUGACAUUGAUUAUACGGAGACAUUUAGCCCAGUUACAAAGUUGCCUACUAUUCGCCUGUUUAUCACGAGUGCAGUCAUCUGA